GAUUCAGACCCUCAAAGAUUAGGGCUUUACAUGGCUAAGUCGCUCAACAGAUUCGAGAUACUCUACUGCCAUAUGGUUGAGCCGAGGAUGAAAACAGCAAGUGAGAUAUUCGAAUGCACGGAAUCGCUUACGCCGAUGAGAAAGGUGUUUGAUGGAACGUUCAUUGUCGCCGGGGGUUAUACGAGAGAAGAUGGGAACAAGGCGGUGGCGGAGGGAAGAGCUGAUCUUGUGGCAUACGGACGACUGUUCUUGGCUAAUCCGGAUUUGCCUAGAAGGUUCGAGCUCGAUGCGCCGCUGACUAAGUAUGACAGACCAAGUUUCUAUAGUUUUGAUCCUGUCGUGGGUUACACUGAUUACCCUUUUCUUGAGACAAUAGAGUAAAUCUCUUGUCAGUUCAACUGUUAUGUAAGUACUGUAUGUCCAAUGUGAUGUAGCGAGGUUUACGUUCUUGAUGGGCCUUAUCCGGUGUUUGCGUGCCCAUCAAGCAAGAGUCGGUGUUUGGUUUUAUCGUUUUGAUUUCUUCGUUUGCUAGGAUAAUUUCUAUUGCGUUUGGCCUUAUCUUUUCAUUUAGGAUCAA